CCCCUGCCACCACACCGUGAGUGUACAACUCACUCUUAUUUCGUACCUUUAAAAAAAAAAAGAAAAAAAUUAUAAAAAAUACAAAAUACCGAAAAUCUAAAAAAAUAACUACCUUUAAACCAAAUUUUCUUUUUUUCAGAAGUUUUUUUUUAAUUUUUUUUUUUUAUUAUUAACUUUAAUUAUUGUUAUUAUUACAAUUAUUUUGUGAAAAAACAAGGUCACGAAAUAUCCAGAAGUUUUCUGAAGCAAAAUCCUCUCUCAAGAUACGCGUCUGGACGCCUGGUCAUUCCUGUCGUGAUCAUUUAUUUAUUUUUAAGAGUAUCGAAAAAGUUUUCAUAGCGGAUAAAGAGACUCGAUUGAUUUCUCCCACUAAUUUUAAGACACUGUUUACGCAGUCAUUUCAGCACUAGUUAUUUCCCAGACAAACCCUGAGCUCAAAGGCUAGAACGAAUCCGAGACAUGAACGCAGCCACCGCGGGGAGUUAUCCGAUGGCUUCUCUCUAUGUGGGCGACCUGCACCCUGAUAUCACGGAGGCUAUGCUGUAUGAGAAAUUCAGUCCGGCCGGCCCGGUGCUGUCCAUUCGCGUGUGUCGGGACAUGAUCACCCGGCGCUCGCUGGGCUAUGCCUACGUCAACUUCCAGCAGCCUGCGGACGCGGAGAGAGCUUUGGACACUAUGAACUUCGAUGUGGUCAAAGGAAAGCCAAUCAGAAUCAUGUGGUCACAGAGAGAUCCGUCACUCAGGAAAUCUGGAGUCGGAAAUGUCUUUAUCAAAAAUCUGGACAAGUCCAUCGACAACAAGGCCCUGUAUGACACAUUCUCUGCUUUUGGGAACAUCCUUUCCUGCAAGGUGGUGUGUGAUGAGAAUGGAUCUAAGGGCUACGCCUUCGUACAUUUCGAGACUCAGGACGCAGCCGACCGCGCCAUCGAGAAGAUGAACGGCAUGCUGCUGAACGACCGCAAAGUGUUUGUGGGGCGUUUCAAGUCCAGGAAGGAGAGAGAAGCAGAAAUGGGAGCCAAAGCCAAAGAGUUCACCAAUGUUUACAUCAAGAACUUUGGAGAAGACAUGGAUAAUGAGAGACUGAAGGAGCUUUUUGAUAAAUAUGGUAAAACACUGAGUGUGAAGGUCAUGACUGACCCAACAGGGAAAUCUCGCGGAUUUGGAUUUGUAAGCUACGAGAAGCACGAGGAUGCAAACAAGGCUGUGGAGGAGAUGAAUGGCACAGAGCUGAACGGUAAGACAGUGUUUGUAGCCCGAGCUCAGAAAAAGAUGGAGAGACAAGCAGAACUUAAGAGGAAGUUUGAACAACUCAAACAGGAAAGAAUCAGCAGAUACCAGGGUGUCAACUUAUAUAUCAAGAAUCUCGACGACACCAUUGACGAUGAAAAACUUCGUAAAGAGUUCUCUCCUUUCGGCUCCAUCACCAGUGCCAAGGUGAUGCUGGAGGACGGUAGGUCCAAAGGUUUUGGCUUUGUUUGUUUCUCCUCACCUGAGGAGGCCACAAAGGCAGUGACAGAGAUGAACGGGCGUAUUGUGGGCUCCAAACCAUUGUACGUGGCUCUGGCACAGCGUAAAGAGGAAAGAAAAGCUCAUUUGACCAACCAGUACAUGCAGCGUAUCGCUGGCAUGAGGGCCAUGCCUGCAAAUGCCAUCAUCAACCAGUUCCAGCCUGCCAGCGGAUACUUCAUGCCAGCUGUGCCACAGGCUCAGAACAGAACAACAUACUAUGCACCAAACCAGAUGCGUCCAAACCCUCGCUGGCAGCAGCAGGGGGGCAGAGGUCAGGGAGGUUUCCAGGGCAUGCCAAGCUCCUUGCGCCAGGCAGGGCCCCGCACCAACAUCCGCCACCUGGCACCCAGUGCUUCCAUGCAAGGCAUACGUGGAAUCCCCACAGGUGCACAGAGAGUGGGAGGCACCGGCCAACCAAUGGGUCCCCGCCCUGCCAUGGGGGUGCCGACCCCACGUGCCAUGCCCCCAUACAAGUACGCCGCCACCAUACGAAAUACCCAGCCUCAAGUAGUGCAGCCCAUUACUCUGCAACAGGCUCAGCCUGCAGUUCAUGUUCAAGGUCAAGAGCCCCUAACUGCCUCCAUGUUAGCUGCUGCCCCACCUCAGGAACAGAAACAGAUGCUUGGUGAGCGGUUGUUCCCUCUCAUCCAGGCGAUGCACCCCAGUCUAGCUGGGAAGAUUACAGGAAUGCUACUCGAGAUCGAUAAUUCUGAGCUGCUGCACAUGCUGGAGUCCCAUGAGUCUCUGCGCUCCAAGGUGGAGGAGGCUGUCGCAGUGCUUCAGGCUCAUCAAGCCAAGAAAGAUGCCACACAGAAAGUGGGAGUCAGCACUGUGACUGCUGCCGCAACAUCAUGAUGAAGUGAAACUGUAAGGCUGAAGAGCGAUCACCCAGUCUGGUGCCAUCUGGUGGCAUCAAAUAUCAACCAUUUUAUAAAAAUAAAAUGUGAAAAAAAAAAAAAAAAUGGAAAAAGACAAAAAGAUACUUGACCAUAAAGAAUAACAUUUUUGCAGGGCUUCUAUUUUUAACUCUGUAAUGAUUUUUAACACCAAGUUAAUUUAAAAGGAGGAAAUCUGUGAGGGUAAAGCAUCUAUAUUGUGGCCAGGACAGGAAAAUGGAAACUUCUGUAAGCUGUGUGUUUGCUUCUUGAUUGGACCUCACUUUUCCCAUGACAAUAACCUGAGUGGUGUGGCACUCUAAAUAAAGGGAUGACUAUUUAAAA